AUGAGACUCAACGCUGCCGUAACGUGCGGCCUCCUCGCGCUGCCUGCAGUAUCGGCAUGGGGAAGUCUUGGGCACAUCACCACGGCCUAUAUUGCAAGCAACUUCAUCGCCAAUUCCACCGAAGCCUAUCUCAAGGAGCUUCUCAGGCGCACCGACGACGACUAUCUCGCUUCCGUAGCUAGCUGGGCCGACUCCAUCCGCUACACAAAAUGGGGCAAGUUCACCAGCACGUUUCACUUCAUCGAUGCCCACGACCAGCCGCCGCACUCGUGCAACGUAGAUUUGGAGCGCGACUGCAAGCAGACUGGGUGUGUCGUCUCGUCACUCACAAACUACACCGAGCAGCUCUACGAUGACAAGCUGCCCGCGUGGCGCCGCGCGCAGGCUGCCAAGUUUGUCGUCCAUUUCGUCGGCGACCUGCACCAGCCGCUGCACAACGAGGACGUUGCACGUGGCGGUAAUGGCAUCCUAGUCCGAUGGGGUGGUCGUGAGCUCAACCUGCACCACGUCUGGGACAGCUCCAUCCUAGAAAAAUGGCUGGGCGGCCUGCGCGGCAAGCCCUACCCGUUGGCGAAGCGCUGGGCGACGCAGCUCACCGAGGAGAUUAGCCAUGGCAAAUGGGCUGAGGAGAAGGAGUCAUGGAUAAAGGACAUCAAUCUGGCCGAUACUAAUGGUACAGCGCUGGCGUGGUCGCGCGAGGCCAACGCCCUCGUCUGUUCGCAUGUUCUUCCACAAGGCCCUGAGACCAUCAAAGACCAGGAGCUGAGCGGCCAGUACUACGAGGACGCCGCACCAAUCCUGGAGAAGCAAGUUGCUCUGGCUGGCUAUAGAAUGGCGGCUCUGCUCGAUAAGAUUGCCGAAGAGUACAAUGCACACCGAAAGCAAGACAGUGAAACUCAGGUUGAACUGUAA